UGGCGUCACUAUUGACGUUUCGCAUUCCAGCCGCUCUAUGGAGAGGCCGCUAGGGCUCCUCUCACAUAAAUGACGUUCAGAGAGAGGGAGCGGGAGAGCAGCGCAGAGAGGCGCCUCCGUCCCCUCUCUCCGGCGCAGGCACACGCGCACCCCGGGGCACUCGCACCGGGACGCGGGCACAGGUCCCGGCCCGGCUCCCGCCGCACACACACAAAGGCACAUCGCGGCGGCGGCCGCCGCUUGGCAUCCCUCGCCCGCCCGCCUGCUCACUCCCUCCCUUCGCCCGGGGACGGGCUCCUGGCUCCUCAGGCUUUUUCAAUCCUUUUCCAUGCCUCGGGAUAACGCACCCUCUGGACCUGCAGCUACCCGGAGUCUGAGGGAUUUUGUGUCUCGGGUCCUGCCGCUGGACAGCGCCUACACACGCCUUUAAGGAAGCGGGCACCUACAAACUAGAUGUAAAGACGGAACCUCCACAGCAACCGAAGCCCGGGUCGGAAGAGCGCCCCCCGCCCAGGCCAGGCCCCGGGCCCGCCUCCGCAGAGAGGUCCCAGCCGGCACCCACCCCGCCGCCGCCGCCGCCCGCCGCCGCCUCCGUCCGCACCUCCAGCCCCACCAUUCAGCGCGCAAGAUACCCACCAGAUAUGCCCUGUGUGCAAGCGCAGUAUAGCCCUUCACCGCCCGGUUCGAAUUAUGCAUCCCAGACCUACGCAUAUGGCUCGGAGUACAGCUCAGACAUCAUGAACCCUGACUAUGCCAAGCUGACCAUGGACCUGAGCAGUACCGAAAUCACUGCCACUGCCACCACCUCCCUUCCCAGCUUCAGCACCUUUAUGGAGGGUUACUCUGGCAGCUAUGAGCUCAAGCCUUCCUGCCUCUACCAAAUGCAAACUGCCUCCUCUGGCCAGAGGCCCCUCAUAAAGAUGGAAGACACCCGGCUGUCCCCAUACCAGCCCUCACUGCCCCCAUCCACAGAUGAGGGGAUGCCCAGCACUUCCAUGUACUUCAAGCAAUCCCCACCCUCCACGCCCACCACACCCGGCUUCCCUGCUCACCAGAGCCUGUGGGAUGAGCCCCCGCUGCAGCCCACGCAGACCUGCCUGCCUCCCGGCCACCUGAUGGACGCCGCCCCCAUGAAGACCGUGCCUCCGCGCUUCCCUCUCUUCCACUUCAAGCACUCGCCUCCGCACACGCCGUCCGCGGCCGCCCACAUGUGCUACGACCCGGCCUCGCUGAGCCUGCCCCUGGGCUCCGACAGGCCCGCCGCCAGCCAGGCUCCCAUGGAGGGCCAUUCCUACGGGCUUCACCUGGCCAAAAGACCAGGCACCUUAGCCUUCUCACCGCUCGGCCUCAACGCAGCCACCUCCAGCCUGAUGGGGGAGAGCAGCGGGAGCGGCAGCAGCGGCCUGCCCUCUCCCCCCAGCAGGAGCUCUUCGUCCGGGGAAGGCACCUGCGCUGUCUGUGGAGACAAUGCCGCCUGCCAGCACUACGGGGUGCGGACGUGUGAGGGCUGCAAGGGCUUUUUCAAGAGAACAGUUCAGAAAAAUGCAAAAUAUGUUUGUCUGGCAAAUAAAAACUGCCCAGUGGACAAGAGACGUCGUAACAGAUGCCAAUACUGCCGGUUCCAGAAGUGUCUCAGUGUCGGCAUGGUUAAAGAAGUUGUCCGUACCGACAGCCUGAAAGGGAGAAGAGGUCGGCUGCCUUCCAAACCAAAGAGCCCCUUACAGCAAGAACCCUCUCAGCCCUCCCCGCCCUCUCCUCCCAUCAGCAUGAUGAAUGCCCUCGUUCGAGCUUUAACCGACUCCACGCCCAGGGAGCUGGACUAUUCAAGAUACUGUUCCACUGAUCAGGCUGCUGCAGGCACAGAUGCAGAACAUGUACAACAGUUCUAUAAUCUUCUGACUGCCUCCAUUGACAUAACUAGAGGUUGGGCAGAAAAAAUCCCAGGAUUUACUGACCUCCCAAAAGAAGAUCAGACAUUACUCAUAGAAUCAGCUUUUUUGGAGCUGUUUGUACUAAGACUCUCCAUCAGGUCUGAUACUGCUGAGGAUAAGUUUGUUUUCUGCAAUGGACUCGUGCUUCAUAGACUUCAGUGCCUUCGUGGAUUUGGGGAGUGGCUCGACUCUAUUAAAGACUUUUCCUUAAACUUAAAGAGCCUUAACCUUGAUAUCCCAGCCUUAGCAAGUCUAUCAGCUCUAACUAUGAUUACAGAACGACAUGGAUUAAAAGAACCAAAGAAAGUGGAAGAGCUAUGCAACAAGAUCACAAGCAGUUUGAAAGAUCACUUAACUUUCAGUUGCCAAAACAAAGGACAACCGCUCGAGUCUGCAGAGCCGAAGGUACUGGGUGUUCUGGCUGACUUGCGUUCUCUCUGCACACUGGGACUGCAGCGCAUCUUUUACCUGAAACUGGAAGAUUUGGUGCCAGCCCCUUCCAUCAUCGACAGGCUGUUUCUGGACACCUUACCCUUCUGAGUCAAACCACCCUCCUGAGAGGCAAACGCCCGCCAGAGCAGGCAAACGGAUCGUGACUUACAGCUAACAUUUCUGCCCUCACUUAACAGAAAAGCCGCUCCGAGUCUAACAUGAGGUCUUUUCUGGCGCUUUGUCCUUACAACCUGAGGCCUGAAACUUACUGGCUUACUGGUUUGGGGUUGUGUUCUUUGUUUUCUUUCGUGUGAUUUGGGUUUUUUAAAUGGCUAAUAUGGCACUUUUGGACAAUGCUAUCCCAGCAGCAGUAAAAGGUUAACAUGACUGUUUUAAAUCUGUUGUUUAACACCUCAUGGUCUAUGAGGAGUAAAAUUGUAGAAGCUGUGUUUGAAAGAACAGCAAAUUGUUGUUUGCCAGGGUAGUAUGUGUUUUGUGAGGAUACCUUUAGCAUACUUCCUGCAUCAAGGGCACAUACAUCAGCACAAUCUAAACAAAAAUUCACUUUUUUAGCAAAGUACAUUCAAUUAAACAUUUCAUACAAAUCAAAUAUAGCAAAAUGACAAUGGCUGUUAGCUCCCAUGUUCAAGUGCAAUUUUUUAAAGUGCUGUCUUACUAAGUCUCGUUUAUUAACUAAUUUAUUUUAUUAGGAAAACAAACAGAAGAAAUCAAGGGAGAAAAUUACAUGCACUAACUUACCUGACAGAGUUUUCCAAACUUGAUUCCAUGUAGCGUGACUUAUUGACAAAUGUAUGUGGAAGACACGGGAGCAAUUGUGGCUCAGUUGUUCCUUAGCUAAGGAAACCCGAGUAAGUAGUGAUUGGAGCAUACAGGGUCAGUAUCAGGGAUAGUUCAGUUCUAGACUUCUAACACAAGCGACUCGUUAGUAAACAGACAGAAGAUGGUUUUCAAGAACAAGCAAGUCUUGUAAAAUAGUAUGAAUGUAAGUGCUAGGAAGGAUAUAGUGGGCUGCGUUUAAACAUUCCGUGUUCGUACUCCUUUUUGUAUGUUUAUACUGUUGAUGCCAUAUUAAUAUGAGAUAAUUUGUUGCAUAGUGUCUUUAUUUGUAUAAAUGUUUGUAUGCAUGGUAUAUUGUAAUGGCUUUGCCUGUAUUUAUUGCAAUGACUGCCAGCUCAUGGGAACCCUGUUACACAUGAUAACUAAAUGGGGUGUUCACACUGACUCAGAUACACCAGUUGGAAAACUAUAUACAUAUAUAUAAUGUGUAUGUAUAUAUAUGUAUAUACCUAUAUUUGUGUGCGUGUGUGUGUGCGCGUGUCUUUUUAUUAACCAUUUGUAUAUAAAAUAUCUCUCAAAUCACAAGCAGAGUUAUUUUACAGUUUAUUUGCAGUGACUUCUAAGGCAGUACUGUUUAGCACUUUGAUAUUAAAAUCUUGCUCAUGUUUUGCUAAAUUCAAAUAAUAUUUAAAAAGUUCAGUUCUAAAAAACUUUAUAUGCACUGUAUUAAGUCAAAAUUUUGUUGGUCAUUUUGCUAAAGAAAUUUUUGAAUGUCAACCUGAUGUCACUGUAUCUUUUGUUAGCUUUAAACAUUCUAGCUUUUGUCUUUUUUUAAACUAUGCUGUUUAUAUGGAAAUUAAAUUAUACAAUCAAACAGAUGCCAAAUGAAUUGCCUAAUUGCUGCAAAGGAUAACCCAGAUAUCGAGUCACUGUAUGGUUUUCAAAAAGUAAUCUGGUAUUUUAUCACUUACUAUGUUUGGAUGUGCUUUUAUGAAAAAAUUAUUCUUAUAUCAAGAUUUAUAGUAGUGUCAAUAGGGAAACAGACUUCUAAUCACUAUAGUUAAUAUUUCUGGUUUACCUGCAGAUAAUAUUUGGAGAAGUAUUGCUUUUUGUAUUGACUUUUAAGCUUAUGUGCAAACAUAAUAGCAUAAUUAAAUAUCAGAGAAGCUAAUGUUUCUUGUAGGUUGCUGUAACAAGCCUGACCAGCAAGACAAAUAUAUUUUGACUGAAUUUGCUUUUGUAUAUACUAAAUAUAUAUAUAUGCAUAUAUAUAUAUAUACACUCACACACAUGUGCGCAUACAAAAACAUACAGACAUAAAAUCCAAAAAAAAGAAUGUUUGCUUUUGUCUCCUUGUGUAA